AUAAAUAUAGCUUUGCCAGUGUGAUUUCUUAUCACAACCGAUCAACAUGGCCAAAAGGUACUCUGUGCAGAGGGCCCUGGAAUUGAUUUUUGAUGAUGAUGUAGAGGGAGAGGAUUUAAAAGAAGAGGUUUCAGAAUUUGAAGAUCACAUUUCUGAAAAUUCAGAGUCUGACAGUGACUCUGAAGAAGAUGAUGAGAUCGAGCAUCAAGUUCCGAAACGAAGACGAGCCACAGGACCAGGCCGUCAGCAGCCAGCCACAGCCCCGGGCCGUCAGCAGCCAGCCCCAGGACCAAGCCGUCAGCAGCCAGCCACAAGACCAGAACAAGACAGUCAGCAUGGAGCAAGUGAGGAAAUAUGGAUGUCGAAAAAUUUUGAAAUUGAAUGGUCUUCUCGCCCAAGAAAAGAGCCACCCCGCAAGGCUGCCAAUAUAAUUAGGAUGCAACCAGGGCCAACACAGAUGGCAGUUACUCACACACAGGACAUCAAGUCUUCUUUUGAGCUUUUCAUCCCAGAUUCCAUCCAGAAAAUUAUUCUUGACUGCACUAAUUUAGAAGGAAGAUGUGUUUUUGGAGAGAGGUGGAAGGAAAUGGGCCAAACCCAUUUACAUGCCUACUUCGGGGUUCUUAUCCUUGCUGGAGUUUUCAGGUCCAAAGGGGAAUCCGCACAAUCCCUGUGGGAUGCAGAAACUGGCAGAGAAAUUUUCCGUGCAACAAUGUCUCUGGAAAAGAAGUGGUGCGAAGUGCGUGGACCUAAGAUGGACAGAAAAACACAAUAUACAUGCAUCAAGUGCAAAAAGUAUAUCUGCAACACACACAGUGAAACUCUGCCCCUCAUGUGUUGUAUAGGCUAGUGGCUAAAGGCCAUGUGUCCAAUGGAGCUGAUGUGUUGUCUUAACUAAUAUGUUUAUUUGUUAUGUGUUCAUGUGUUGUGCUUGGUGUUGUGCACCUGAAUGGGUUAAAUUUCUGAGUUCAAAGAAAUAAAAGUCAGUAAUUUUGAAAAACCUUGCUUCACUUGUAAAUUUGUUUCCACUCAUAUCUUGAUUUUAAUUGAUUUUCUUUAUUACGUUUUAAAUAAUAAGUUAUAAAUGUGAUCUAACAAAGGUAAAAGGCAAA